AUGGUAAAUGAAUAUAGAAGAUGUUUUAUAACAGUAGGAACAACAAAAUUCGAUCUACUAGUUGAUACUAUAAUGACUCCGCUUGUACUUAAUUCGUUGAAGAAAAUGGGUUGUAAAGUCGUAACAUUUCAAAUUGGUAACAGCAACUUCCAACCAGGUAUCUAUGAUAAAGAAGGGAUACAGAUCAACGUCUACAGAUUUAAAGACUCCAUUUUAGAUGAUAUAAAUAGUGCUGAUUUGGUAAUAAGCCAUGCAGGUGCUGGAAGUUGUCUUGAAAGUUUAGAGGCUGGCAAACCACUUCUAGUGGUUGUUAAUGAAGAAUUAAUGGAUAACCAUCAAAUAGAGUUGGCAGAACAACUUCAAGUAGAUGGUCAUUUAUAUUACUGUACUUGUGAUACAAUAGAAACUACUUUAGAAAUGCUAGACUUUAGUAUGCUGAGGCCAUUCCCCAAACCUGAUCCUACUAUAUUUUUAAAAUAUUUAGAUGAUGUAUUAAGAGUUAAACCAAAGAGUAACUAA